AUGUCCGACCGGGAGAGAGAGGAGUUGGGGCAGAAGUUGCAGAAGCUCUGGGUCCGACUUAAAACCCCGAAGCACCCGGAGCAGCUCCCAGCGCUGGAGCAGAUCCUGCAGGACAUGGCUUUCCUCGCCCACUCGGAACACGCCGUGGAGCUGUUUGCAGAAUCUGACGUCAACAGUUUGAUGAUCGUCCUGUCGACCAAUAUCCAGAGCAAAACAGUGCAGCAAGUGGGGUGGUCUCUUCUCUGUCGUCUGAUGCAGAUCCGGCCUCAGACUCUGGCUCAGGUCACUGCUCCACUGCAGGCCAGAGACUGGGACGUCCUGGGCGUGCACCAACACAUCCUGAAGGUCUUGUCCCAGUUCGCCUCGGACGCCAAAGUGACGAUGGUGGCUCUCCGCGCUCUGGCCCUGCUGCUCACAUCAGAUCUGCUCCGUGAGCUGGUCCUGGAGGAGGAGGACGUGUUUGAGCUGCUGAUCUCCUCCAUGACAAGGUUCUCCCACAGCGAGGAGGCGCAGGUGCAGGGCUGCUCCGCACUCUGCUCCCUGCUGCAGACAGAGCGACAGGAGCUGCUCUUGGACUUUGUGGAGCGUCAGAACCACGUCUGCGUCCUGUCGUCUCUGCGCAGCUUCAGAGAGAGUCCAGAGCUCCAGCUGCACGGGCUGAGAUUACUCCUCCUGCUGGCCAGCCUCAACAGUAACGUGGAGAUCCUGAUGUCCGCCGCCGUGCGCUGUUACCGCGUGGUCACCGUCGCCAUGACAACGUUCCCAGAAGUUGAAGACAUCCAGGAAGUGGGCUGCUGCCUCCUUCACAAGUUCUGCUCAGAGAGCUUCUGCAGUAUCCUGGUGGUAAACGGAGUGCACAGGUCUUUAGUUCGGGCCUGUGAGACGUUCCCAGACAACGCAGAGCUCCAGACGGCCGCUCUGUCCUGCCUCGCCAGCCUCACUCAGACACUGGUGCAGAACGCGGCGGCUGCAGCAGCGCCUAUGGAGGAGGGGGAGGAGCCUCCGGCAGAGGGGGAGGGGAAUCUUGAGAAAGGGGAGGAGCCUCAGGGGCUGACCUGGAUGGAGUUGUGCUGCUCUGCCCUGGAGCUCCAUGCAGAGGAGCCUAGAGUGCAGGAGGCGGCGAGUUGGGCCAUCCACAGUCUGCUGCUGCACGGAGCUGGACUCAGUCAGUCUGAGGAGGAGAGCAGCACCAGAACUCCUGUUCACCGGCAGCUGAUGGCGGCCAUGUUGCUUCACUCUGAGUCAACACGAGUGUUUGAGGCCGCGACCAGCGCCAUCAUCGCUCUGCUCAUGCACAAGAGUAAAAUGCGCCCCCUGCUGGUCUCAAGUGGACUUCAUGUGAACGUAGUGGAAAUCAUGAAGAAACACCAGAUGUCGCGCGGCGUCUCGGUCAGCGGCUGCAAACUGCUGCGGCUGCUUUUCCACGGACGUAACGUUGCUGGUCUGGACGAUCUGAGCAUGGCUAUGUCCCAGAUGCUCUCCACCAUGAGGACGCACACACACGAGGCCGACGUCCAGCAGGAGGCGCUCAGGGGCUGUCUGGUGCUGCUCAGUCCAGAGCGGAGUGUACGGGACGGCGGGGCCUCGGUCUCGGACCCAGACUCGGACUCAGCCAAUGUGUCUCUGAAAGUUCUGAAGAACCAGUGUGUGGUGGAGGCCGCACACAAGCUCUUUCUGCAGGCGCUGAACCGGUUCAUCAGCAGUCCCAGUCUGCAGCUCGUGGGGCUGAAGGUUCUCUGUGCUCUGUCAGACAGCUCUGGUGCAGUGGACCUCCUCUGCCAGCAGGGGGCGAUAGACACAGUACUACACACACUGCAGAUGUUCAAGCAGGACAGAGAGAUCCACUUCUGGGGCCUGACGCUGCUGCAGCAUCUGGUGGUGAGGAAGAAGCUGUCGAGGAUGAUGUUACCGGUGUUGGCCUCGGUGCUGGUGGAGUCUCUGCGGCAGAACAGAGACGACCGUGACAUGGUCCUCAAGUGCUUCCUGGUGUCUCUGAGGAUGAUGGAGGCGUGUUCCGGAGCCGCGGCUCAACUGCAGAAACACGACUUUGACCGAGAGGUUUUUCUUCAACUGAGAGAAGAGCACAGCACCAGCAUCAGCAUCAGCCCCCUCCGCAGGACCGUGUGCGUGGCGCUCUCACGGCUGUGGCUCGACACAGAGCUGCAUUUCUCUAUGUUGGAAAAAGCGUGUGAGGAGGAAGACACCGCCAUGGCCGAGUGUCUGCUGGAGCUCGGAGCCGAGACCCACGGAAAGACCGCCACGGAGCCACUCAUCUACCAGGUGUGUGCUCGUGGCGGGCCCCUGGAGCUGCUGGAGCUGCUGUUGUCUCGCGGCGCUUCAGAACAGGAUAUGCGGCAUGCGCUGGCCGUGUGUGUGAAGCGCGGAGACGGUCCUGCGGUGGUGCAGCUGCUGGGGCGGCUCGGCCUGGACCUGCACAGCUCCUCUCUGUGUCUGGGCGGCUUCAGGCUCGGGCGGCUGGACGCGGCCUGGCUCAGCGCGCUGUUAGCGGAGCGCGGCCGCAGCCACAGCUUCAACGCACGCCCCAACGGUAAAGGCGUGGCCCUCUCCCGUUUCGUCCGGUCCCUGCAGCGCCUGAAGGCUGCCCCUGGACCUGUGCGCUCCCACACUGACCCAUGUCUGACCUCUGGCUACAUCUCCGACGAGAGCGACGACUCCAGCUUCAGCUGUUUGUCCACUGACGAGGGACUGGUGCUGAAUGAGGACAGCGAUGGUAGUGACUCUGCAGCUGGACCUCUGUCUCCUCAUCACCACAGUCACUCAUCAGAGGAGCUGAGGAACCGCAAGCAGAGCAGGACGAGACACGCCAGCGCUGAGGACUUCGAGCCUCAGGACAAGAGGAAGUACAGUCGCACUGGUUCAAUGCAGAAAUUGUUCCUGGAGUCGGUUUCUCCCAGAGACCGGGAGCGGAUCAGACUGGUGGACCUGUCUGGGAACGAGCUGGACUCUCUGAGCUGUCUGAUGGAUCACGACUCAGUGCAGCAGCAGCUGGAACAUCUGCAGAGACUGGACCUGAGCCACAACAGCCUGCUGGACUUCCCCCAGCAACUGUGCCAGAGCUUGAGGAGCCUGACCCGUCUGGACCUGCAGGGGAACCAGCUGGACCGCUUCCCCACGGAGCUGCUGACCCUGCCUUCUCUGAGCCUGCUCAACCUAUCCCGCAACUGCAUCCAGUCCGAGUCCAGGACCUCAGACAGGACCUCGAACCAGACCUCGGGCCAGACCUCGGACCAGCCCCCACGCUGCCCCACCCUGAAAAGUCUGAACCUGUCCUUCAACAAACUGCUACACUUUCCACUGUUCCUCACACAAGCUUUGGAGAACGUGGAGGAACUUCUACUGGAGGGAAACAGCCUCAGCUCCCUCACCUGUCCCCUCUCUCUGCCCGAGCUCAGAGUCCUGGACCUCAGUAAGAACCAUGUGGAGGUGGUGUCCCAGGACGUUCUGCAGCUGUGUCCCAAACUGGAGCAGCUAAACGCCUCCACCAACCGCCUCUCUGUUCUCCUUCACCUUCCUCUGAAAGUCACCACUCUGAAACUCGCCAACAACAGCUUCAGCCACGUUCCAGACGCCGUCCUCCAGCUGCCAUGCCUGCGAUCGGUGGACUUACGGAACAACCUCCUCUCCUCGCUCCCCGCUCCCUCCUCCUGGUCGUCUCGGAACCUCCGCGAGCUCAUGUUCAGUAAGAACCAGAUCCAGACUCUGGACCUGAGCUCGGAGGUCUUCAGGUGGAAUCGUCUGGAGAAGCUUCACCUGAGCCACAACCAGCUGAGUGAGAUCCCGGCGGAGAUCGGUCAGCUGGAGAGCCUGACCUCUCUGGACGUCAGCAGAAACUCGGCUCUGCGCUCGUUUCCAGACGAGAUGGGGAAACUGGUGCGGCUCUGGGACCUGCCCCUGGACGGACUCCGCCUCCAGCUGGACCUGAUGGUAAUCGGCUCCAAGACCAAAGACAUCAUCAGGUUCCUCCAGCAGCGGCUGAAGAAGGCUGUCCCAUACUUCCGCAUGAAGCUGAUGGUGGUGGGGAACUGUGGCUCGGGUAAAACCAGUCUGAUCCAGACUCUCACCAGGACCAGGAGAGCCAAACACAGCCCUAGCAUCCAGGUCUCUGAUUGGACGAUCCGCGAGCGAGACCGGAAGAAGAUGGUGCUGAACGUGUGGGACUUCUCAGGAGCAGAGGAGUUCAGCGGGGCCCACCCUCACCUCAUGACCUCCAGAGCCUUGUACCUCGUGGUCUAUGACAUCAGCAAAGGCAGUGCUCAGGUCGAGGCCCUCAAACCCUGGCUCUUCACCAUCAAGGCCGUGGCUCCCCAGGCUCCUGUGGUGCUGGUCGGGACCCACUCCGACCAGAGCUCUGAGAUCCAGCUCCAGUCCUGUCUUCUGAAGAUCCGUGAGGAACUUCUGAACCAUCAGGCCUUUCCCUCCAUCAGGGACUACCACAUGGUGUCAUCCCUCGAGGACUCGGACACUCUGAGCCGGCUGAGGAAGGCCAUUGUGAGGGAGGCCACAAGCUACAAGGUCUCUGGCCAGCCUGUGAUGGGUCAGCUGGUCCCAGACUCCUUCAUGGAGCUUCAGAACAGAGUAUUUUUGGAGAGGAGCCGAGUGAGUCCCCAGUUCCCGGUCCUGACCCACACGGAGCUGCUGCAGUUCAUUCAGGAGUCACAGCUGCCCCUGGACGAGCACGAGCUGCCGCAUGCUGUGCACUUUCUCUCAGAAGCAGGAGUCCUGCUGCACUUUGAGGACCCUGUUCUGCAACUGCAGCAGCUGUACUUCAUCGAACCACAGUGGAUAUGUGACAUCAUCACCCAGAAGCUGUCGGUGAAAAACUCGUUGUCCCAGGAGCAUCCUAAAGGCGUGCUGCAGCGCCACACGGUGGAGAAGCUGCUCCUCGACUCCAGAUGUUUCCCAGAGUCUCACGCGCUGCAGUUCUUCAAACUCCUGGAGAAGUUUCAGAUCGCUCUGCCGUUUGGAGACGAGCAGCUGCUGGUGCCGAGCAGACUGUCCAAGCACCGGCCUGUCAUCGACCUCCCCCACACAGAGAACUCGGAGGUGAUCGUGCGCUUGUACCAGAUGCCCUAUUUUCCGCUGGACUUCUGGUCCCGUCUGAUCACACAGCUGCUGGAGGUGUCCUACCUGCUGCUCCCAGACACCGGCUGCAGACCCAACCGUAUCUACUGGAGGAGAGGAGUGUAUCUGAACUGGGCUCCAGACGCAUACAGCCUCGUGGAGUCUGCAACUGUGGAGGAGAGCAGCUGUGUGCGCAUCACUGUGCCCUGUUCACAGAGAGGCCGUGUGCUGCUGGGACAGAUGGUGGACCACAUAGACUCGCUGCUGGAGGAGUGGUUCCCCGGUCUCCUGAACACAGACAUGCACGGCAGCGGAGAGGCCCUGGUGAAGAGGUGGGCAGUGUACAGCUUUGAGGACGGACAGGAGCCUCAGAAGAUCCUGCUGGAGGAUCUGUUCUCCUGCUUCGACACCGAUUUCUUGCUGAUAAACCCGGAGGACCCGCGCUGCACUCUUCCGUUGUCCCAGAUCGCUCCAGACCUGGUUCUGAGCGACCAAUCCGCAGCCACGAUACUGGAGCGGGAAGAGCUGGAGGUUGAUAUGUCUGUGGACAACCGUCUGGGAGACGGAGGCUUUGGCACCGUUUACAGAGGGACGUACAAGGACAAGGAGGUGGCCGUGAAGGUCUUUAACAAACACGCAUCCGAGCUGUACGUCUACAGGCUGCUGAGACAGGAGCUGACGGUGCUGGGUCGCCUUCGCCACCCCAGCCUGGUGUCCCUGUUGGCGGCCGGCUGCUGUCCUCAGGUCCUGGUCAUGGAGCUGGCGCCGCGUGGAUCUCUGGAUUCUCUGUUUGAACAAGAGUCCAGUCUGAGCCGCAAACUGCAGCACCGCAUCAGCCUGCAGGUGGCAGACGGCUUGAGGUUCCUCCACUCCUCCAUGAUCAUCUACAGGGACCUGAAGCCUCACAACGUGCUGCUGUUUAACCUGAGGAGCGACUCUGACACCAUCGCGAAGAUCACGGACUACGGCAUCGCUCAGUACUGCUGCGGGAUGGGAGUACGGAGCGCAGAGGGGACACCAGGGUUCCGUGCUCCUGAGGUGGCCCGAGGCGGUCUCAUCUACGACCAAAGAGCGGACGUGUUUUCCUUUGGUCUGCUGCUGUACGACCUGUUCACCUGCGGAGCGCGGAUCAGCGACGGAGCCAAGUUCCCCAGCGAGUUCGACGAGAUGGCGGUGCGCGGAAAACUGCCCGACCCAGAGAAGCACUAUGGUCUCAGCCCUUGGCCUCGGCUCCAGUCCCUGAUGAAGGACUGUCUCAGGGAGAGUCCUCACGAGCGGCCCUCCUCCGCACAGGUGUUCCAUCGUCUGAACUCUGCAGAUGUGCUGUGUUUGCUGAGUGAGCUGCAGCUGACGUCCUCAGCUGCGUGCCUCCUGCUCGGGUCGGUGGUCUGGCUCGGAGGGGGAAGCAGCUCCGAACAUAAGGGGAUCAUCAGUACAGUGGAUAUGGACUCAGGACUCGUUCAUUCUCCGGUGGUUGACACUAGUCCGGUCCUGUGUAUGGUCCUGGUCCAGGUCUCUGGUGCUGAAGGGAGGGUCCUAGGGCAGGUCUCGGGGGCUGGGGAGUGGCUGGUCGCUGGGACUCAGUCUGGGUCUCUGUUGGUCCUGAACACUCAGGACUGGAACCUCAGACACCGGCUGCAGAGCGUGUCCGAUGCAGUGACCUCCAUCUACUACCAUACACACCCCACACGCACACAGAGGAGGAGCUACUUACUUGUGGGGACAGCAGAUGGCGCUCUCACCGUGUUUGAAGACUCCGUUCUCCUGCAGGAUCAGGGCGAGCCGGUAAAGACCUGGUCCUUGGGCUCCGUCAACACUCCGCUGUUGUGUCUGGGUCGUUCGGCUCACGCUCUGGACGGCGGCGCGCUCUGGGGCGCCUACGGCUCCAGGAUCCUCAUGUUCUCUGCUAAGUACGAAGUGUGUAAGAGCCUGGAGACCCGAGCCAAGACCCGAGUCAAGACCCAAGCCAAGCCGCCGCGUGCCCCACCCUCUGAAGCCCCGCCCUCAGAGACUCCUCCCUCAGAAGCUCCGCCCUCAGACGCCUACAUCUCGCGCUUGGCGGUGGAUAAGCUGCUGUACCUGAGCCGAGUCGGAGCGAGCGCGGUGGAGGUGUGGGACCGAUGCUCGGAGAAGAUGGUGGAGCACGUCGACUGUGCUCGAGUCAUCAGACAGUGUGCGACCUCCUCCCAUGGCCUUGUCCCCUCUCAGUGUCCUCCGUCUUGGGCCGAGGUGAAGUCUCUGUGGGUCCAGUCCUGUGUGGGUCUGUGGGUGGGCACCAGAGGAGGCCACAUUGUCCUGGUGGAGCUGAAUAAGACCAGCGCGCUGCAGGUGCUGUGGAGCGGGGCCCAGAGUGUGCGCCACAUGGUGUCCGCGCACGCAGAUUUUCCGAACUGGAGAAACGUGGUUCUGGUUUUAGGCCGAAAACCGCGUCAGGACAAGACUCAAUUUGAGGACGAGUCGCUGGUGACUGUUUGGAGCAGUUCUCUGCCCAGAGAAAUGCGAGACCUGAGCCGAGUUUGCGAGAGGAGGGACAAGAUGGCCGCCAGCAUGAGGGAGACGCAGCAGUGA